UUUCUACUUUUAGUAUAAAAAAGUUCACGUUUUCUCGCCAUUAGUAAAGCUCUCUCAUCUUCAUAACAGCAAAACAAUGUGAAUAUGUAAUCGUCUCUGCAGAUUUCCGUUCGGUUUUCGGAAAUCAAGUCGUCCAAUCUCUCCUUGUUCUCUGUACAGGUACAUUCUGGUGGAAAUGUGUAGUAGCUAGGGUUUUACAGUACAUCACCAUUGACGAUACAGAAGUUUAUUCUCUCUUCAAACAAAGCGUUGAUUUUGGUUGCAAGUGUGAAUUUGAUGCCCGAUUAUUGUUUUCGGAAGAUGUACGUAGUGGAAAGUAAUAUGCGGAAACUGCAGAGGCUUGCAGGAACUUGUACGGACUGUGAAGAUUUGUGCUGCGACUUCGGAAUGAGUGUGGAAAUUGAAGAAUGCAGCUCAGAAGAGCAGUUGGAAUCGGAGGAAAACAGAACCACUACAGAGAUCUUAAAAGAUUCGAGGCUUACGUACCCUAAAGCAUUCAUGUUAUCAUUGUCUAACCUGCAUAUUUGUAAAGGCUUGCCCGAAGAUUUUGAUCCAUCAGCUUUACGAGAUUCAAGGCUUACGUACACUACAGCAUUCAUGUUAUCAUUGUCUAACCUGCAAAUUUGUAAAGACUUGCCCAAAGAAUUUGAUCCAUCUGUUUUACGAGAUUCAAGGCUUACAUACACUACAGCAUUCAUGUUAUCAUUGUCUAACCUGCAAAUUUGUAAAGACUUGCCCAAAGAAUUUGAUCCAUCUGUUUUAUGCGAACUUGAUGGUUUAUCUGAGUGUAAUAUGGGAAUGCAACAGACAUCUGCAAUCCUACCCCCAUAUACUUCAAAUAAUUGUUACAUUGGCUCAUCACCUGUUCUUAGAUGUGAUUUGGUUGCCGAUUCUCGAGGAUGCUGUGGGAGAUGGGAAAAACAAGUUUCACAGGGAUGCUGUGAUUCAGAUUCCAGGACACAGAAUGAUUGUUCUGGGAUUUUGGGAUCAUUUCUAAGUAAGAGCAAGAACCCUUAUCGUCCACCACAGUAUCACAAGGUUGGCAAUUCCAAUUCUUAUGCUAGCCAUUCAUCUAAAGGAACGAAGUCUCUGACUAACACGGCCUGUAUUGCUCAAGUGGAUGUACAAUCAAAAAAUGAUACUCUUCAAGAUGUAGUUGGGGAUAAAAGUACUCAUUGGAACAAGCAGAUUGUGAACUUAUCUGAAUCCCAAAAAUCUGUCAAGAAGAUUGUGGAUGAGGAGAAGUCGCAUUGCAAAACAUGUGGUUCUAUUAAUGCUGCCAUUACUACUCAGCAAGAACAACUUCUUGAUUCUGAAGCUAAAGCACCAAUUGUGAGUAUUAGUCUGGACGAAUCUGAAAAACGACAAUUUGGAGAGACGCUAGAGAAGGAAGUAUCACUGCAACAUACUGACUUUCCUGGCAUUGAAACAAGAUGUUUGAGGGGGCCAUGUACUGGUAGAAUGGAGAAUGUUAUUCAUACAGUCAACAUUUUAGCAGCAGAAAGCCAUGAAAAUCUUAAACUGAGUCGGGAGUCCAAGGAAGAUUUUGAAACUGAAAUCAGCAAUGAGUUGCUCUCAGAUGAAGCAUUCUUUCCUUCACAGGGAAAUUUGUAUGAGAGGGUAUCUAAAACCAACGAGUUACAGCCCAAUGAAUUCUUCUUAGCAUCAGUUCUCUGCGAUUGUGGAGCUUUUGGGACAGAUGGUGAAGGCAUCAGAGAUUCUAUCAUUGAUUGUGAGCUUGAGUUGGAUGAGAUCGAGGAGAGUAAAUCUCCUUUUGAUGAUUUUUGGACUGAAAUAUUGGCAGUUAUUCAUUUGGAGCAAGAAUCUAGGGACAGUUACUCAGCUGAUACAGUUAACAUAACUGAAUCUGAAGUUCCACUACGUAUACCGGAUGAAGAUGAAUUGAUUUUACUCAAUUAUCAGGAAGGCCCAAAAGAGCCCAAGAUCCCUAUUGUGGACACUUCUAUUGAUUUGGAUUUUGUGGAAGAUGAAAUCAAUUUGCCUGACGAGGACAGUUUGAUUUCUGUUGACCAUCUUUUGUCCCUGUCAAAGCAUUGCUCAGAGGUAACAUUUGUUGAUAGAACUGAUAGAUUGGUGCCUAACUUCACUGCUGACAAUACUGGACACCCAGAAGUUGCUCAUUGUUAUGCGAAAUCCUUUCCACAUGGUCGGAAAGUUCCAACAUCUCACAAUUUUUCGAGCUCUGCAACUCACCGGAAACCAUAUCCCCAUCAGAUCUCUUCUCAGACCCCGUGUUUCCAUAUUAAUCCAGAAAUUCCAACUUUCCAUUCAUUGGAUCUUUAUUUUACUUGCCGUAAUUUCAAGAACAUAAGAGAAGAAAAGCCUGUUCAUCAUUACCCUGCAAUAUAUUUUUACCCUUGGUCUAACAUUCAUCACGAGUCUUCCAUGAAAACCACACCUGCCAUGGAAAAGAAAUAUGAAUAUCUUGAACAGUAUCCAAUGUUACAUCAGCCAGAUAAUUUUCUUCAGCAACUGGAAUUGCUACGUGAGUCACAAACAGAUCCUAUUGAGCAAGUCGUUUAUGAUGUUCUACAACAAUGGGAUGCUAUGUAACUAUUGCCUGAGACAUAUCAUCAAUUACACUGCCCCGGAUUUGGAUUUCCAACUUGAAGUGAGAUUCAUCUGGAGAUGAGAUUUCAAGGUCCCUUCUCAUAUUGCAGAUUAUCCAGAUGCUGCUGACGUGCAACUAGAAGCAAAAAGGGAACUUAAUUGCAGCUAUCCAACUUCCAAUGUCUCCAGCAAAGAAUGCGCCGUAGAAUUUUAGUAUGUAGUAGAUAUGAUCAUUUUGAUGGAGUGGGCAAGUGCUGGAUGAUACAACAAUUGCACUAAUCUCACCCCCUGCUGAAGUUUGUAGAUAACACACUCAUUAGGUUUAGACAGGAAGGCAGCUUGCAGGCACUUGCUUUAGUUGGAAAAGUAACUGACUAUAGGAUAACACAACACUCAUCAAGUUAUCGAAUAAAUCAAACUUCAGAUCUAA